AUGGUGUCCAAUCGUGCAGGCUAUUAUUGGAUCGGCGCCAACGAUAAAACUACAGAAGGAACAUUCGUGUGGGUCCAUGACAAUACCAACGCCGUCCAGUUACCAUUAAACAAUUGGUGGGAGGAUGGUUACCCACAUCACGAUAGCAGUAGUAACUGUGCCCUUCUGAGUGUCUAUGACGCAUCUGUAACUGAUGAAAACUGCGCCAACAAACAUCAGGUGUUGUGUAUGGAGUCGCCAGCUACAACCACAGCACCUACAACCACAGCAGCUACAACCACAGCAGCUACAACCACAACAGCACCUACAACCACAGCAGCUACAACCACAGCAGCUACAAACACAGCAGCUACAACCACAGCACCUACAACCACAGCACCUACAACCGCACCUACAACCACAGCACCUACAACCACAGCAGCUACAACCACAGCACCUACAACCACAGCACCUACAACCACAGCACCUACCACAGCAGCUACAACCACAGCAGCUACAACCACAGCACCUACAACCGCACCUACAACCACAGCACCUACAACCACAGCACCUACAACCACAGCA